CAGUGACAGUCAUCUGUCUGGACGCGCUGGGUGGAUGCGGGGGGCUCCUGGGAACUGGGUUGGAGCCGAGCUCGCGCUAGACAGGCGCAAGCGCGCACGGACUGCAGCCACCCGAGGACCACCCCCCGCUCCUGGCCACCCGGGGACCCCCGCACAGAAUCGCCUCCGGAUCCCCGGCAGUCGGCGGGAGUGUUGGAGGUUGGCGCGGGCCCCCGCCCUCCACGCCCCCCACGGGAAGGAAGCACCCCCCGAACUAAAAAGAGCGGAGCGGAAAGAAGCCCUCAUUCGGGGGCCAGGAGGCGAGCCGAUGCCGAGCUGCACCGCGUCCACCAUGCCGGGCAUGAUCUGCAAGAACCCAGACCUCGAGUUUGACUCGCUGCAGCCCUGCUUCUACCCGGACGAAGAUGACUUCUACUUCGGCGGCCCCGACUCGACCCCCCCGGGGGAGGACAUCUGGAAGAAGUUUGAGCUGUUGCCCACGCCCCCGCUGUCGCCCAGCCGUGCCUUCCCGGACCACAGCCCCGAGCCCCCGAACUGGGCCACCGAGAUGCUGCUGCCCGAGGCCGACCUGUGGGGCAACCCGGCCGAGGAGGACGCGUUCGGCCUGGGGGGUCUGGGCGGUCUCACCCCCAACCCGGUCAUCCUCCAGGACUGCAUGUGGAGCGGCUUCUCGGCCCGCGAGAAGCUGGAGCGCGCCGUGAGCGAGAAGCUUCAGCACGGCCGGCCGCCCGCCGCGGGGCCCGCCGCCCCGGCCCCGGGCGCCCCCAGCCCCCCAGGUCGCGGGCAUGGCGCCGCAGCUUCGGGGCCGGGCCGCCCCGGGGCCGCCCUGCCCGCCGACCUCGCCCACCCUGCCGCCGAGUGCGUGGAUCCCGCCGUGGUCUUCCCGUUCCCGGUGAACAAGCGCGAACCCGCGCCCGUGCCCGCCUCCCCGGCCGGUGCCCCGGCGGCAGGCGCCGCGAUCGCUUCGGGGGCGGGCGCUGCAGCCCCGGUGGCGGCCCCGGUAGUCGCCCUUCCGCGCACCGGCGGCCGCCUGGCCAGCGCCAGCGACCACAAGGCCCUCAGCACCUCCGGAGAGGACACCCUGAGCGACUCAGAUGAUGAAGAUGAGGAAGAGGAAGAGGAAGAGGAGGAGAUCGACGUGGUGACCGUGGAGAAGCGGCGAUCGUCCUCCAGCAGCAAGGCUGUCACCACCUUCACCAUCACCGUGCGUCCCAAGAGCGCAGCCCUGGGCCCUGGGAGGGCUGCGUCAGGGGAGCUGAUCCUCAAACGCUGUGUCCCCAUCCACCAGCAGCACAACUACGCUGCCCCGUCGCCCUACGUGGAGAGCGAGGAGGCGCCCCCCCAGAAGAAGAUCAAGAGCGAAGCUUCCCCACGGCCCCUCAAGAGCGUCCCCCCACCCAAGGCUAAGAGCUUGAGCCCCCGCAACUCUGACUCGGAGGACAGCGAGCGCCGUCGGAACCACAACAUCCUGGAGCGCCAGCGCCGCAACGACCUGCGGUCCAGCUUUCUCACGCUCAGGGACCACGUGCCAGAGCUGGUGAAGAACGAGAAGGCCGCCAAAGUGGUCAUCUUGAAAAAGGCCACCGAGUACGUCCACUCCCUCCAGGCUGAGGAGCACCAGCUUCUGCUGGAGAAGGAGAAGCUGCAGGCCAGACAGCAGCAGUUGCUAAAGAAAAUUGAGCACGCUCGGACUUGCUGAACGCAUCUCAGAACUGGACAGUCACUGCCACUUUGCACAUUUUGAUUUUUUUUUUUUAAAACAAACCUUGUGUUGACAUUAAGAAUGUUGGUUUACUUUCAAAUCGUUCCCCCGUCAAGUUCGGAUCUGGGGUGGGGAGCAGGACACGAGGGGUCCUACCACGACCUGCAUUGAUGGGAUGCUGGUGACCCUGGCGGCUUUUCCUGUGCGUCACUUCUGAGACAGCGGUUGAAGCCUGGGACCGUUGGGAGCCUUCUGGGGCUGUUGAAGUCACCUUGUUUGUUCCAAGUUUCCAGACAGAAAGUCAUUCCUUCUUUUUAAAAUGGUGCUUAAGUUCCAGCUGAUGCCACGUAGGGGUUUGCCACUGAUACCCCUGGGGAACAUUUCUGUAAAUACCAUGGACACACCUGCCUUUUUGUAUACGUCCUGGGUAAUGAGAGGUGGCUUUUGCGGCCAGUAUUAGACUGGAAGUUCACACCUAAGUACUGUAAUACCUCAAUGUUUGAGGAGCAUGUUUUGUAUACAAAUAUAUUGUUAAUCUCUGUUAUGUACUGUACUAAUUCUUACACUGCCUGUAUACUUUAGUAUGAUGCUGAUACAUAACUAAAUUUGAUACUUAUAUUUUCGUAUGAAAAUGAGUUGUGAAAGUUUUGAGUAGAUAUUACUUUAUCACUUUUUGAACUAAGAAACUUUUGUAAAGAAAUUUACUAUAUAUAUAUGCCUUUUUCCUAGCCUGUUUCUUCCUGUUAAUGUAUUUGUUCAUGUUUGGUGCAUAGAACUGGGUAAAUGCAAAGUUCUGUGUUUAAUUUCUUCAAAAUGUAUAUAUUUAGUGCUGCAUCUUAUAGCACUUUGAAAUACCUCAUGUUUAUGAAA